ACAUGUAGCCCUCAAGUGCGGCUCCUCCUUGGAACCCAAACCUCACAGAACAAAUCCUUUGAAUAAUGGAAAUUCCACUGUACCAUGAGAUCUCAGAAUUGAUGAUCUGACUGAAUAAGUUAUUCCUGGAAUUUUGAAUUAUUAAUUUUGGCUGCAUGAAAUGCAAAUCAGACUGUGCUAACCACAUCCAGCCCCACAGCACUAGGUCAGAAGCUGCAUCCAGUUGCUGGCUGCAUUUCGGUCAGGAGAUCAGGUCUUCCUCAACAAUGGAACCAAACGCAACUUGCGAAAACUGGCUGGCAGCAGAGGCUGCCUUGGAAAAGUAUUAUCUUUCUAUUUUUUAUGGGAUUGAGUUCGUUGUGGGACUCCUUGGGAAUACUGCCGUGGUCUUUGGCUACCUCUUCUGUCUGAAGAAUUGGAACAGCAGUAACAUCUAUCUCUUUAACCUCUCCAUCUCGGACUUAGCUUUCUUGUGCACUCUUCCCAUGCUGAUGAGAAAUUACGCCAGCAGAAACUGGAUCUAUGGAAACGCGUUGUGCAUCGGCAACCGAUUCCUGCUUCACGCCAACCUCUACACCAGCAUUCUGUUCCUCACUUUCAUCAGCAUAGAUCGAUACUUGCUCAUAAAAUAUCCUUUCCGGGAACACUUUCUGCAAAAGAAAGAGUUGGCUAUUUUAAUCUCCUUUGCCAUCUGGUUUUUGGUCACCUUAGAGCUCCUGCCCAUGCUUCCUAUCAUAAACUCGGUUGUCACUGACAAUGACACUGUGACCACCGUAUGUAAGGAUUAUGCAAGUUCCGGGGACCCCAAACACAACCUCAUUUACAGCCUAUGCCUGACGUUGUUGGGGUUCCUCAUUCCUCUGUUCGUGAUGUGCUUUUUUUAUUACAAGAUUGUUCUCUUCCUAAAGCAGAGGAGCAGGCAGCUGGUCACGGCGCUGUCCCUUGGAAAGCCUCUCACCUUGGUCAUCACCGCGGUGGUGACCUUCUCCGUGCUUUUCACACCCUACCAUGUCCUGCGGAACGUGAGGAUCGCGUUGCGCCUGGCGCGCUGGCAGCGGUACCCGUGCGCCCAGGCCAUGGUCAGGUCUCUCUACAUCGUGACUCGGCCUCUGGCCUUCCUCAACAGUGUCAUAAACCCCGUCUUCUACUUCCUCCUUGGAGAUCACUUCAGGGAGAUGCUGGUGAAUAAACUGCAGCACCUCUUCAAAUCCCUGCCGUUCUUUAGAAGAUGAGCUCAUGAACUCACAUUUUUAUGCAGAGAAAAGCGAGGUACUUAUGAAGCAGUUGUUUUACAGACGCAGCUGUAAGCCGGUUAGCUUUUGCUUGAACUCUUAGACACACAGGAGAGAGGGUCACAGACGUGACCCUGAUGUAAGGACCCGUUGUGCCUGGAGUAUGUGAAAAGAAUGGGAUGAGGAGAAGGUGUUGGUUUCUUCACCUAGGAAUUGAAAGGAGUUGAACCAGCACUACCUAACCUUUGGGCCUGUAAGUCCUGAGUUCCAUAAGACACCCCAAUCAGUCCGAAAGGAACAAAAGAUACAGCAAAUGAUCUGCAUUUAAUCAGUGGUCAGACUCUAAAUAUUGCCUUUAGAGGUUGUGUUCUUGAGGAAAUUUAAAGUAAACAGUAACAAAUAUUGAUCA